AUGAGGACAGGAAAAGGAGUGAGGACAAGAGGAGACGAGGACAGGAAAAGGAGUGAGGACAAGAGGAGGAGAGAGGACAGGAGGAGUGAGGACAGGAGAAGGAAUGAGGACAGCCAGAGACAAUGUUGCAAAACUUUAGUCUCUGUCACAGUCCUUAUUGAAGCGAUUUUACAGGUCAAAGAGAACAUGACCAUGGGAACCACCCUGGUGACCAAUCCCAAUGGAGGAUUUCUGGCAUGUGGACCUCAGUACGGGUACAUGUGUGGACAGCAACAGUACAUCUCAGGUGUUUGUGCCAAUGUCAGCUCUUCCUUCCAGAUUCUGAACUCCAUUGCCCCCGCAGUGCAAGAGUGUGCUAAGGAGUUGGAUAUUGUAAUUGUCUUGGACGGAUCAAAUAGUAUCUACCCAUGGUCGAGUAUAACUGAAUUUCUGGUGCGCUUUCUUUCAAACAUAGUUAUUGGACCAAAACUUUCACAAGUGGGCAUUGUGUCUUACGGUGAGACAGUGACUCACAACGUUAACCUGAGUCAGUUUGACAACACUCUAGACCUGGUGGACUUUGUCAAAGAGCUUCCUCAGCAAACAGGCUUUAAGACCAUGACUUUUCUGGGUAUUGACACAGCCAGGAAGGAGGCAUUCAUGCCUGAGCGUGGGGCUCGACCUGGAGUUAAGAAAGUCAUGGUAACUGUGACGGACGGAGAGUCACAUGACUUCCACAACAUGAAACAGGUCAUCACAGACUGUGAAGAAGAUAAUAUUGAGAGGUUUGGCAUUGCUGUGUUGGGAGACUACAAUCGACAGAACAAGAGUGCAGAAGAAGUGCAGAAAUUUAUUAAGGAAAUUGAAUCAAUCUCUAGUCCACCAUUACAUGACCAUUUCUUCAAUGUAUCAGAUGAGUUUGCUCUUCUGAGCAUUGUGGAUGCUCUGGGAAGCAGGAUCUUUGCAUUGGAGGCUACAACUGGCAAUUUCACCUCAUCCUUUGAGAUGGAGAUGUCUCAAACUGGCUUCAGUGCUCACACGUCUAAAGAAGGAGUGCUACUUGGUGCAGUGGGAGCCUAUGACUGGAAUGGGACAGUUGUGAUACAAACUCCUAUGGGAUCCGUAGUUCCCAGGAGGAAUAGUUUCUACAAUGCAGAGACUGAGGCAGGAUAUGAACAGCUGGCUGGAUACAUUGGGUAUGAUGUCCAGUCGGCGUCCACCUUUGAUGGUGUCCUCUACAUCACUGGAGCCCCUCGCUACAACCACACUGGGCGUGUUGUCAUAUACCGUUUGGAUAAGGACAAUAAUAUUGUCAUCUCACAGAUACUCAGGGGAGAACAGAUUGGGUCCUAUUUUGGCAGUGUCCUACAAACAGUGGAUUUAGACAAUGAUACCUACACUGAUCUUCUGUUAGUUGGAGCUCCAAUGUACAUGGGCAGUGAAAAAGAUGAGCAGGGUCAAGUGUAUGUUUACAAGGUCAAUAAGGAUGGCCAUUUUGAAUACGAGUUCACUUUAAAACCCAUAAAUCAGUCAUGUUGUACUGCCCACUCCGAUGUUUGCACCAACAAAAAUGAACCUUGUGGGGCUCGAUUUGGUACGGCCAUUGCCGCAGUAUCAGAUCUCAACUUGGAUGGCUUUAAUGAUGUAGCUAUUGGGGCACCCCUGGAAAAUGACCACAAAGGGGCUGUGUAUAUUUAUCAUGGUGAGAGGGCCACUCUCAAGGAGAAAUAUGUUCAGAGAAUUCCUGCAGGUGGAGAUGGUGACAAAAUUAAGUUUUUUGGUCAGUCUAUACACGGAGUUAUGGAUCUCAAUGGAGAUGGAAUCACAGAUGUUACCAUUGGAGGUCUCGGAGGAGUAUCUUUGUUCUGGUCCAGAGACGUGGCAGAGCUCCAUGCCAACAUGACCUUUGAUCCACCUAAAAUUCGACUUCAGCAAGCUCAAAAUCAAUGUGAACAUAACGGUCGCAAAUCAGUGUGUGUAAGAACAGAAGUGUGUUUUGUCUACACAAUUAAAUCUGAUAACAAAUAUAACAAAGUCGACAAUGAGAUUUUCUUUAAUCUGACGGUUGAUGCUCUUCGGGCCAAAGCUAGGGCCUCGUUUCUUGACAAAGAGGGUAAAAGUGACCGGAGGAUUAGACGCAAUUUCACCAUUAGUGACGGAAAAAGAAAAUGUUUACAGGAGACCUUUAUGAUGUCGGCCAGACUGGAUUUCAGGGAUCCCCUGAUGGUGUCUCUGGAUUUUGGACUGGUUAUUGAGGACAAGGGACCAGUAUUGGAUGAAAGCCUUCCUCGUGCUAUCAACAAAACAAUCCCAUUAGUGGACUGUGGGAGUGACGAGAGAUGCAUCACUGAUCUGUCACUCAAAGCAGAGCCAAGUGUAAACGCAAUGGUUAUCAAAGCAAACAAGGAGAAGAUAGAUGUGAAAAUCAGCAUUAAAAACACCAAAGACAAUGCAUACAACACAAAACUUAUAGUCAGCUUCACAAACAUUAACUAUGUUAAAGUUGAGCCUGAAAAAGACUGCUCUUUGAACAACACAAAAGUAGAGUGUGCUGUUGGAUACCCCUUUUUGGGAAGCAAUGUGGAGGAAAAUCUGGAAGUGAAGUUUGAGGUGAACCCAGCUCAUAUUCAAAAUGAAAUCCAAAUCAAUGUGACAGCAACAAGUGACAGUGAAGAGUUAGAAUCUACCUUAUAUGACAACACAGCACAGAUUUCAAUCCCUGUGAAGUACGAAGCUGGACUUAUUUUUACUGUGUGGCCAGCUGAUGAACAUAUCAUUGUUAAAGAGGGUGAACAAUUUGCAGCCAUGUUCAAUGACACCAAAAUGAUUGGGGAGGAGAUCAACAUCACAUAUACAGUGGAAAAAACGGGUGAUAUUGAAACUCCAGACCUUGAUCUGAAAGUGACCUACCCUCAUCGGUCUCCAAUGAAUAACCACUUACUAUACUUGACUCAUAUCAGAACCAGCUCACAGGUUACGUGUAAUGCAGCACACCUGAUCAAUGUUGAAAAGCUUAACUCAAAGAAAGUAAAACCAAACCUUAAAAAAGAAACUCUGGGAAACUUUGUGGUGAGCUGUGAGAACCUUCCGUGUGCAUCUUUUAUUUGUGCCAUUCCAGAGGCAAAAACAAGUCAAGUCAAUCUAACUUUCAGAGUUUGGAAGCCUACAUUUAUCACGGCUGAAUUUUCCAAUCUGCACAUGCUCGUGAAUGCUACACUGGGAAUUAAAAAUACAGAUCUGUUUGUGCUUAGUACUAGUAGCAGAACAAGAAGUGUGAAAAUCCAAAUUUCCAAAGAGACUUUAGGAGGCAUCCCUUUUUGGAUUAUCAUCAUUAGCAUUCUGAUAGGACUAUUGAUAUUGGCACUUGUAAUUUUUAUUCUAUGGAAGAUGGGCUUUUUUAAAAGAAAACAAAGAGAGUUUUCCAAGGAGGACAUGAUGGACUAAUGUUGAAAUUCUGCCAGAAAUAAACACUUGACAUGUGACACCUGCUUUAGAAGCCAUACAUCAAAGACUUAACAACAGUCUUUUAACAGUCAACUCAAAAGACGAAGGGGAUGCCAUAUGAACCAUAACCAACUCAAUGCACAACAAUCAAUUCCUGUUACAGGCUUCAGCAAAAUGCAAUUGCAAUUGCAAUUCAUCACAACAGGGACUGAUCUUUGACUUGGGUGGGUCUUUUGAGAAAUCCUUGUUUCAGUGGUUGAGGUUCUGUGACACACUUCAUGCAAUAGAAACCAAUUGUGUUUCUAUGAAAAAGACUAUCAUUUCCACCUUGCUUGUGCCUUUACAAGCAUUUUGUCCACUCCCUGGGAGUUGUAUCAACUUUGUUUAAAAAAAAGCUCAGGUGCUUUGAGAGGAAAAGCAAAGAGGUUAAAGACUCUUGUUCUGUCUUAUGCAUUUGAUAUACAAAGGUUUAUUUGCUUGACAAUCUAUGAACUUUGGCUCUGCUUGAUUUGAUCAUGAGACAAACACUGUAUUAAUUUUGCCAACUUAAUUUUUUGUUUUUUGUUUUUUUACCUACAAUGUCACUUGACACAUUGACUCCAUUUGCCUAACACUGAUUUAGUUCAAUGAUAAAGGUGCUUCAUUAAUACUUUCAUAGGCCUACUAUAUGUAUGCCAAAAGUCAGAUAAUCCAAAGUUAAAAUGUAUAUUUUUGUAUGGAAUUUUAUGCAACUGUCAUCACUUAAAAAACUUAAAGAACUUCCUUAUGCUUUAAACAUAAACCUUAUUUUUAUUGUAAAUAGAUGGAUGCUUGUUGUUGUAAAGCUUUAUGUACAGAAUUGUUUUGUUAAUGGUUUUUUUUUUUUUAUAUAUUUUUUUCUACCUUUUUAGUGAACAGUGCUCAAAACUUGAUUUUACUCAGGUAAUCUAAUUAAAGCAUCACCGAGUAAGAUUUCUGGUGACCUGCCUCCAUGGAGAUGAAAAGUUAAAACCAAAGAAAAUUCUCCAUAGAGAAAGAUUUUCUGUUAUUCUGAAGAUUGCUCCAGGCAAAGUGCAAUAAGAAAAAAUCUCUAAUUAACUAAAUGCCUUUAUUACUUUUAUAAAAAUUGAAAUCUUACACCCCACCCCUCUCUCUCUUCACCUGGCUAUUGUUCAGGUGCGCCUGUGCUCUCUGGUCUUCUUCUGUUAAUAACAUUUUAGUUAAUAAUUUACAUGCAGUAGACUACAAUUAAUAUGAUAUUAAGGUAACAUUCACAUAUUCUUGAAUGUGUUCAAUGCUCAAACCACUCUCAAUCUCUGAAAUGAGAAACAUUACUAUUUAAUGUCAAAUCAUGUUCAUUUUUAUUUUCUAGAUAUUAAUUUGGUGAUUAGUGGUUAAGUUACUCCAGUUCUAGAUCAGCGCCCUACAUCCCAUUAUUAACCAUUAAACCAAAAGGAAAAUAAAAAUGUAGGCACCACUGCUAAUGGGUAAAUGAAGUAAAAGUUUCUGUUCACUGACACAGAUAGAGCUAAUCAGGGAUUGUUUUCACAAAUAAUUGUUUUAAAAGACAAGGCAUGCUGUGAGAGUUGGAUGCUCCACGCCAUCUACACUGCUGUGAAGUCUUCACUGUAAUGCACUGGUUUGUUUCCUCAUCAGCACAACGUAAAUUCUGUUAUGUCAAUAUAAUGUUUUAAAAUAAUAAAACAAUUUAUCACUCA